UCCGUGCAGGGUCUCUGUGCAGGGAUUCUGGCAGAGAUUCUGUGCAGGGACUCUGUGCAGGGACACUGCUCCGCUCCGUCUGAGCAGUUCGCCGGCCGCGCUUCGAUGAGCGCUCCCGGACGGCAGCCGUGCCUCCUUCCAGCGUGCCUCGUUCCCCGUGUAGCUCAGUAACUGAGAGGCUUCUGCUUCAAUUUAUGCCUUUUGAUUGCAAGACUGCUGAAAUGCUUUGAGGGCUGCGUCUCCUUUCCUAACCAUGAACAGUUCAAAAUCGCCAGGGCUGGCUGGAUUUGGAGUCUUGAAAAACUCAACAUGCCACACGGAGAAAAAGAUUUCAGUUUUCUUUUCAAUAAUCUUCAUGACGGCGGGAAUUUUGUCCAACAGUCUUGCAAUUGUAAUUCUCAUGAAGGCAUACCAGAGAUUCAGACAGAAAUCAAAAGCCUCCUUUUUGCUUCUUGCCAGUGGCUUGGUUGUCACAGAUCUCUUUGGUCACCUCAUCAAUGGAGCCAUUGCAGUGUUUGUGUAUGCAUCAGAUAAAGACUGGAUUCGAUUUAACCAGUCCAACAUUCUGUGCAGUGUUUUUGGCAUCUGCAUGGUUUUCUUUGGUUUGUGCCCACUCUUCCUGGGCAGUGUGAUGGCUGUUGAACGGUGCAUUGGAGUCACUAAGCCAAUAUUUCACUCUACAAAAAUGACUUCUAGACAUGUGAAAAUUAUGUUGACUAUGGUAUGUCUGUUUGCUGUUCUUAUAGCUUUGCUGCCUAUUCUUAGGUUUAGAGCCUACCAAAUACAAGCAUCGAGGACCUGGUGCUUCUAUAAAACAGAACACGUUGAGGACUGGGAAGACAGAUUUUAUCUCUUACUUUUUUCUUGCCUUGGGUUCCUGGCCCUUGCUAUUUCAUUCCUGUGCAAUGCUAUCACAGGAAUUACCCUCUUAAGAGUCAAAUUUAAAAGUCAACACAGACAAGGCAGAUCUCAUCAUUUUGAAAUGAUCAUUCAGCUCUUGGCUAUAAUGUGUGUUUCUUGCAUUUGCUGGAGCCCAUUCCUGGUGACAAUGGCCAGGAUUGGGAUUAAUGAAGGUGGUUCAAAGGAGACCUGUGAAAUGAUACUUUUUGCUCUCCGAAUGGCCACGUGGAAUCAGAUUUUGGACCCCUGGGUGUACAUUCUGCUCCGGAAGGCUGUUCUCAAAAACCUCUACAAGAUCACGAGCGGGUGUUGUGGCGUGCACGUCAUAAACUUACACAUGUGGGAACUCAGCUCCAUCAAGAAUUCUCUGAAGGUUGCAGCAAUAUCAGAGUCACCAGGAAGUUCCAAACAGAUAAACCUCCAGCCUCUCAGCUCUAUGGGAAAGUAAAGUUUAACUCGGUCUGUGAAGAGGUGAUGGAGGCAAUGCUCCUACAUGGGCAGUACCUUAAAAUGAGUUCCAAGGCUCAGUGGUUUGGCAUUUGUUUUAAAUUGUGAGUGGUUUGCUAUCGUUGCUUACCAGUUUGAUAUUGCUACUCCUAAAGAUGCCCUUGAACGUUUUAAUUCACUUUAGAAUACAUCCCUUCCAAAACUGGCAGUGGAAUGUUAAAUCAUCUGUAUUUUUCCCUUCCAUACACUAAAGUGAAGAGGGCUCCUUAUAACACUCCCCACCAAACCUUUCUCCUUAACAGGCUUCUUACAAGUGCAGAAGUGAUCUCCAGGGUGAUUUUAAAAAGGGGUAGAUUUUUUUCUACCAGAGAUACUCUCAAAUCCUUUGCAGAGUCACUGUUUUCUGGAAUAAAGUCAAGCAUCAUUUCCAUAAGGGUAUUCUGUGCUUUCAGGCAUUGAAUUUCCCAAUUGUAUAUAUAAAAAACAUUUUGCUUAUGUCCUGUUUAUUAAAUGAUCGACUGUAGUUGGUUCAUUGACUUGACCUCUUAAUUAUUUACUGUUCCAUGAAUUUUUUGGAGAGCUGCAAACUCUGCAUCAGUGUUAGCAUUCCUUUCAAAUCACUGACAAAACCUGAGGUUCUCUGUGGGAGCACAGAAGCAGAUAAGCUCAGCUUCCUUGUAGUUAUGUUUUGAGGUGUAUUGGUGAGCUUUCAGUCCUUUCAACAAAUUUUGCUGAAACUAACAGGCAUAAAGCAGUGGUUAGUCUGUGAAAACAGUAGUUUUCCCCUCCCUCCCAAACUUAAGGAUGAUUCUGGAAGCAUUCCCCCAGUGCAUGUGCAGAAAUACUCAUUUGUACAUCUGCUUCAUUUGUAAAGGGUCACACAUGUGUAAUGAAAAUGUGUGUGACCAAAUGGGCACCUCUGCAGGGAACUGCUUUGGGAGUGGGGUUUUGUUUGUGAAAAACUGAAUGCUCAGUUUUUGCAGGGUCUGUGUCUGAAGAGCUGAGAGCAUUCAAUAACUUGAAAGUACCAGAAAAUUUUCAGGACAGCUUCACAUGGAAGGCCCUUCACCUUUAAUGCUGCUAAAAGAAGCUUUGGUUUUUGUGACUGUAUGCUAUUCAGAAGCCAAAAAUGAGAGAUAUUGUUUAAAGCUAGGUCCAUGUUAUUUUUACCUACUUUACUUCAAAGAACUACAUUAGCAAAGUGUUGGUAUAUUUGAACAAAGUAGUUAAAAACAGAUUCACUACACAGACAGUCUGAGGGACCAAAACUAUUCACAAAGUACAAAUUCAUGUUGUAUGUGAGAAUAGUUUGUAAGUCAGAAAUUGAAAACCCAAAUUUUUUUUCUUUUUUUUCCCCCCUUUUUCUUUUUAAAGUUAUUUUCUUUUUGUUUUAAAAAGGUUGAAAAAUAAGUGGGUUAAAUAACCCUGUAAUGAAAUGGCUUUAUUUAUCCUAAAGAAUUUCUGUGUGUGAUUUUUUUUCUCAGUCAUAGGGCUGAUUUGAUGGACAGAUUUGAUGCUGGUAGAAGUUCUGCACUAUUGCUUCACGUGAGUUCUGCUGAAAUCUGGAAGCAUUCAGUCAGUGCUCAACUUGGCUUUUUCAUUUUGUAGAAUGUGAUGUCAGUGUAUCUGUUGACAUAAAUUAUUUGUUCCUUUUGGAAGAUUGUUGUUUUAGCAGCUGCAAAAUAGUGUUGGUCCGUAAAUUGUUGAGAUAUUUGAUCGGUGAAUGAAGCUUGAAAAUGUUCCAUUUUGUUGUGUGAAUAAAUGUAGCUUAUGUUGUUCAUUCUGGUUGGCUUGUAAAACAACAAAGCAAAGUUUAUAUGUAUAUGUGAUUUCUUAUAUUUUGUGUACUGAUACACAUUGAGUGUAAAUUGCGAAGCCUCAUUAAAAGUUACCAAUCUGUA